GCGGGCGGACACCGCGUGGAGGAAGGCACUUUGAAGGCUGGUGACAGCUGUGAUGCACAUCCGUUUGACAAAGAAGGCAUCGACUUUUCCUAGGCACUUCACAAAACUAACUGGAUUGAAAAAGAAAAAAAAUGAAAAGCAAAGCGCAUGCAGAUGAUUUUCAAGUCCACGACUUUUUCAAGAAGAAGAAAAAGAAGAAGAAGAAACACAACGAUUCCAGCAACACACAUGAAAAUGCUGAAACUGUGGAAGAUCCAGAGCUCAGCCACGCUUCCCUGGUGCUCUUUGAAGAUGCAGCGACACAGGACGGGGAGGAGAGGAAAAAGAAGAAAAAAGUGAAAAAAAAGGAUGGGAAGCAGCAGACCUCGAUGGAAAAUUACAUUUUGAGGGUGGAACCUGAAAUGAGCAAUGGGACUGGAGCAGCUGCUUCCCCGAGGAAGAAGAGGAAGGGUCUGGACAGCACUGAUGAGCUCAGUGAUGGCACCUGUGUCCCUGUGAACCAGUACAGCAGCCAGGACUGCCAGGAGAAUGCUGCUGAUUGUCUUUAUUUUAAAAAACCCAAGAAGAAAAAGAAAGAAAAGCACCCUGAAGGGGGUGAGGUGUGUGAGCUGCCUCCUUCUGAGGAGAACAGCAAGAGCCACAACGAGAAAUCCAAAAGCAAGAGGAGGAAGAAGAAGAAGAGAGAUGGCAGUGCCCAGGACGUUCAGGAGAACUCAGAGGGGGCAGCUGAGCAGCCACUGCUGCCACCCUCAGAGCAGGACAGGGGACACAAGACAUGGCCUUCACCUGCAGGUGAGGAUGGAGGCUGUGAUGCUGCUUCUGCCACCACUGAGGUCUCCAUGGAGCCCCCUGCUGAUUUUUCCACACCCAAUAAAGCAGCUAAUCGAGCAAAAAAGACUCCAGCACGUGCUAAAAAGGCAAUUAAAAGCAGCGCUUUUGUCAUGGAAGAAAGCUCUUCAGAGUCUGAUGUGACGACACCAGAAGCCUUGGCACCAUAUAAAAAGAAGCAGGAGCAGCAGAACAACUCCUUUGCUGAAUUGGCAGCCUCUGAUGAGGUCAGUGUGGAUGGUGAAGAGGGCCUGGACUCUGCCAUCACUUCAAUCAUGGAUUUGGAUACUGCAAGACAAGAACUGGAGGAGUUUAUUCCUCAUGUGAAGAAUAUAUCAGACAGUUCAAUCAAACAAAUGGUUGGAAGAGACCUAUCAAGGUUUAAGGAGUUUAAAAAGCAGGGUAUUGCUGUCAAGUUUGGCAGAUUUACCCAGAAGGAAAACAAACAAAUCCAGAAAAAUGUUGAAGACUUCUUAGCACUUACUGGACUAGACAGUGCUGAAAAACUUCUGUUUACCUCGAGGUAUCCAGAUGAUAAAGAGACCAUCCAUCGCCUAAAAACAGAACAUCAUUUUUGUGAAAAAAUCUCUGAGGGCAUACCCCGGCCCUGGAGGCUGAUAUAUUAUCGAGCAAGGAAGAUGUUUGACCCAAAUAAUUACAAAGGAAGGUAUUCUAAGGAAGAAAAAGAAACAUUAAAGAAGUAUCAAGCUCUGCAUGGCAAUGAUUGGAAGAAGAUUUCUGAGUUGAUGUCCCGUUCUAACCUCUCAGUUGCUAUGAAAUUCUCUGAAAUCAAGUCAGCUACUAACUAUGGUGCUUGGACAAAGGAAGAGACCCAGAAAUUAGUGAAUGCAGUGAAGGAGGUGCUGAGGAGAAAAGCGCAAACAGAAAAUGCAGGUUCUGUUUUGUCACUGGAACAGUCAGACACAGAGCUGUGGAUUGACCGUGAGAAGCUGUAUGAGACCCUGCCAUGGACUGAGAUUGAAAGCAAAGUGGGAAGUCGAUACUGGAGACAAUGCAAACAGAAAUGGAAUUCGAUUUUAACAAGCAAAUUGACCAGAAGGCAGCAGAUGUACAGAGGGACCGAUGGAUUAAGGGCCAAGAUCGAUAUGAUUAAAAGGUUGUAUGAAACAAAAGCAGAGGAUGCCAAUGAAGUAAACUGGGAUGAACUCGCUAACAUUUUUGGAGAUGUUCCUAGAGCCUAUGUGCAAUCAAAGUUUUAUAGGCUAAAAGUGUCCUCUGUCCCUUUAUGGAAAAGAAAAUCUUUUUCUGAAAUUAUUGAUUAUCUGUAUGAGAAGACGCUCCCAGAACUUGAAGAAAAGUUAAGAACGGACGAGAGGAAAUACCGUAGUUUUGGCAUUUCAGCAGCCAGCCAGCAUCAUGAGGUUUUCCGGUUCAGUGACAUUUUUACCUCUGGUGAAGAGAGUGAUUAAUUGAUCAUUAAGCAUUGCCUAAUUUGCAUAUUUAACUGCAAAUGGGUCUGGUUGAAAGUGGGUGUAGCUCACCACCUGCAAGUACCCAGGCUGUUGAUAAUGGGAAAAGUCAGGAUAGGCACCUCCUGAUUGUCUUGUUUUAUCCUGAAGAUUGAGUUACACAGAGCUUUUAUACCACCUUUUAUUUAAUUUAGCUCUCGUUUUUAAAAGUUUUUAUGUAAGUAUUCAAGUUGCUUUCUAAAUGUCUCAAAAUAGUUUUUUUUUCUGUGGAGUUGAAAGCUGCUGUUUAUUCUUUAUGAGUGAACUUGGUUUUCAUAACUUUAUUUUUUAAAAAUUCAUAGUAUUGGAAAAAGGUUUACCGUUUGCUUUUAAAUCUCUGUAAUAAUAAGGUCUUGAGACAUCUGUGUUGCUUUUUUUUUAACAGGUAUCCUAUUCUUAAAAGCAACUGAUUUUAUUUUUGAUGCAGACUUACACUUUUUUCAACUCUGCUAGAGAAAAAGGACUUUUGUCCAUUACUAUUCGUCAUUUCAUGCUAACCAUAACAAAUAAUUUAGAAUGUUGUAAUAUGUGGAAUACAGAGACAAAACAGUGUGUAUAUAUAUAUAUACAUAUGCAUACAUAUAUAUUUUUAUUUUGCAAGGAGAAUUUCUACAUUUUAGUAAGAAAAUUAAGCAAUAAGAUGGAGGUUGUACUCAUGUUCUGUAUUAUACUUUUAACUCUCUGCCUGAAGUGAUUAUUUGUAAAUCAAGUGGAUGAAUGUAAAAUAUCUUACAGUGUUUAGUCUUUGUAUGAGUUUUUAGUAUUUCCUAUAUACUGUACUAGACAGUAAUGUAAGAAGACUCAGUCCCUGCUCUUUGAGGGUCAUUUUGAUAAGUGACAAUUUCCUUCUUCAAUUUUAGUAAUCAUGAUUGAAAAUUCAGAAUUUUCAGUAGCAUGAAAUAAAGGCCUUGUUGGAGGGUCUGGAAGGCGACUCAUAGCAAGGGAUUUUAAAGGAGAACUUUCCAUAUUUAAUUAUCUGACUUUAGUCACUGGGAUUUUUGUGAGAUAGGCACGGCCUCCCCUGCAAUCAGCCACUCCUUCAAGGGCAAAGUUUUCCAGCCAAGAGAUGAAAUGGGAUGGGGGGAAGGAAACACACACCACUUCCCGUUUAGGUCUUUGUGUUGCUUCCUGGGUUUGAAGGUUAAAAGCUGAAAAACUUGAAUUUCUGAAUCUAAAACGUUGGUGUUUUUCAAGUUUUUUUAUUUUUUUUCCUUGGAAAACAGAGAUGCUCAAAUGAUGCCUAGUUGUAAAGUUUGUAGAGUAGAUCUUGCAGAAAUAAACUUCUACCUCCAUGAUGA